UUCGGCAUAUUAGGGUCCUUGAAUUUGACAGUUGCUAAUUUAAAAAAACCGGUGAAAACGUAAAAGAAAUGCGGAAUUGUGAGGAUUUCCCGGCUCCCCCAGAGGGCGAAGUGUCUUUAUGUGAAAUAAACGGUCGAAUGCAAUGCACGAACCCCGACUUUGCCACCGUUUCAACCUUCACAACUGCGGUCGACAAACACCCGAAAGUCCACAUAACUCGCGACUUGCUGCACCACCCGAACCUGGGGGACGAGGGCCGAGCCCUGUUUCUGCCCACAGACGUGCCUUUCUUAAAACAACUCACUCAGGUUUACGCCGAGCAGGGCUUGAAGGAGGUUCUGCAGACUGCCACAUUGCACCAACAUGUGCUUAUAUCGCAAAGUGCCCAUCUUUUAUUGAGACUUUGGCGGUAUUUGCGAAAAGCGAGACUGAUUUUGAACCCCAGUUUGGAGUACCACACGUGUGAGUUGAUAGACGAGUUGAGCCAGACGCGAAACUGGGCUAACAACACCAUCAAGUGCAUUGCGUGGCAUUUGCACAAUUCGCGACUAGCUAUAGCGACGUGUGACGACAGUGUGAGGAUUUAUUGCAAUGAUAGCAAUUUUGUCCCUUUACUGAGAUGCAAACAACAGAGAAAUGUGACGUGCUUGGCAUGGAGGCCCAUGUCUUUGACGGAAAUCGCCGUGGGGCACGAAACGGGGGUCAUAAUCUGGCACGUCGAUUUCAACUCAUUGGUGACUAGACCGUCCGUGAGCAACAGUAUAAUGCUACAUCGGGUGGAGCACAGACCUGUCAUGAGUCUGGCUUGGAGCCCCCAAGGCAACCUCCUCGUGAGUGCCGCAGCCCUCGACUCAAACAUCCUCGUCUGGGACGUCGAAUUGAACAAAACCAGCAUUUUGAAAGGGUCCAGAGACUCUGGAAACGUCCUACUCAAAUGGUCCCCAGCCAAAGACAAACUCUUGAGUGUGUCAAACGGAAUUGUGUUCAGGAUUUGGGAUUGCCAACAUUGGGAAAACGAGCGUUGGACGGUGCCCUCUGGGCGCGUCCAAGCCGCCUGUUGGACAAGCUGUGGCACAAGUCUACUUUUUGCCACAAAUACCGAACCCGUCAUUUAUGGAUUAAACAUAAAAAAUGAUCACGUAUUCACUAGCAAUGCCACUUCAAUCGACCACGCUGUGCCUUUAUUUGACCUCUCUAAAAUCGAUUUAGGGGGAAUUUCAGUCGGUGGUGUUGUUCAGGCAAUGGAAGCUGACCCGAAAGGGAACCACUUGGCUGUAUUUUUUAAAGAUACGAAUUGUGUUGCUGUUUUUAGUGUAAUAAAAUCGCCACUUCUCCAAUUAAUACCAAGCUCCUUGAUUACUGGGUUGGCCGCGGAAGUGCCCAGCACGAUGGUGUUUCAACAUAAUUUCAAGCCUGGGGCUUGUUUAUCGAUUGCUUGGUCCAGUGGACGCCUUCAACACUUCCCAAUAAUUUACACAGACUUGACAAAUAAUUUUAAUGCAAUCGCCAAUUAAUUAAGUGAAAUAAAAUUGUUUUUUGUACAAA